AUGUCUGGACAAGAUGAAACCAAGAGUCUGAAGGAGAAGGUGCUGUCAAUUCUGCCAACGCACGACUCCUCCAGGACGAAAGACUUCGAUAACCAAUCCGUGAGAACAUUUGAUGAUGCAUCUUCUAAAGGUUCAAGGGCGAGAGCAACAAGUCAAACAGCGUCAAUUCCAUACAACGGUAUUCUUGCACCUGAGAGAGACCUAUUCAGAAAUAUUGACCAUUCCCAGGAGAUCAGUGCUUUGGCAGUUGCUGCCGCGGCAAAGGAUAUGCCAAAUAAGGAGUUCAAUGGAGGAUUUUGA